UUGUAUACUCCUUUCAUAUCUCUGAUUUAUCCAUUUUAUUUUUUAUUUUCACCUAAAAACCAAAAUAUUUGGAAAAAGACUAAAACUAAUUUCUCAUUUGGAUUCCUCAAUAUCUGUAGGUAACACGGGCACAAUGGCUAAAAGCAGCUUUAAGAUCGAGCAUGACUUUGAGAAAAGACGUGCUGAGGCGGCGAGAAUUAGGGCAAAAUACCCUGAUAGAAUUCCAGUGAUCGUGGAGAAGAUAAAGGGAAAUGACAUUCCCAACAUCGACAGAAGAAGUGAGCAACAGUUUGAUGCCAAAUACUUGGUUCCAGCUGACUUGACAGUGGGUCAGUUUGUCUAUGUUAUUCGAAAGAGAAUCAAACUGAGCGCUGAAAGGGCUAUCUUUUUAUUUGUGGACAAUGUCCUCCCUCCAACUGGAGCGAUUAUGUCAACUAUCUACGAUGAAAAGAAGGACGAAGAUGGUUUUCUUUAUGUUACAUACAGUGGUGAAAAUACAUUUGGUUAGUAACUUCAUGCAAUGACCUUAAUGAAUCUCAUGUAAUAAAGUCUCCUGCUUUAAAUAAUUGAUAAGCAUGGCAUCAAUGCAAAGUAUAAACUUUAUGUAUUUACUUGUAUAGUUCAUUUGUACAUAGCUUCUAGGCAGACUAAAAAGACCAAUGAGUAAUUUAAAAUUCAUUCAA